AUGGCAUCUUUACAUAUCAAAUCCAAAUUUGAUUCAGAAUUUCGACGUUUUUCACUUCCAAUUAAUACAGAAAAUUUUAUGAGUUAUUUAGAAUUUCGUGGUUUUAUUGAAACAAUUCAUUCAUUACACAACAUUCCUUUUACACUUUCAUACACAAGUUAUUCUGGUGAUUUACUUCCAAUUACUAAUAAUGAUAAUUUUCGAAAAUCACUUGAAUCCUCACGUCCAUAUCUUCAAUUAUUGAUACAACGAAAAGGAGAGUCUUGGGAAGAAAAGUACGGUUAUGGGACGGAAUCUGCAGAUAAACGGCGUCGUGGACUAGCAUCUGUGCUUAUUCCUUCGAAUGCUGGAAGAGACAAACGAAAUUAUAAUAUUUCUAAUCCUGAGGAUUUUCGACAGGUUUUUUUUAGAUUUAUGAUUUUAGUAUCAAAAAUCAUUUCAACUUUCUGGUAA